GAAAAAAAAAACUUAUGGAUCUCCUCUACCACUUGGUUUAAGACGUGGAUCGCUUUCAUUAAAUUGACUAUGCUGCUCUAGAAUUAGCUUGCAGACUAAGACUCUAAUUCACAGAUUGUAUACGUACCUGAUGCGUAUCUCCAAGAUUGUCGAGACACGCUGAUGCGAUUGAUGGGUGGGUAGCUGCUGUCUCUAUUUGACCUUCCGUGUUCCCCCCUCUCCUCCUUCCAGAGCCUUUUUCUCUUUCAUCUGACUUUGCUUCCUCCUUCGUUUAAGCUGGAGAAUUAUUGCUUCAUCGGUCACUCGCUUGCCUGCACACAUAUAUCAUUACAUUCCAACAUACAGUGAUUUACUAUUUUUCCCCCUUACGGUGCCCUCGGGCCUCUCUGCUUGCCGCAGCACUUGAGCUGCAGGGCCUCCUGGUAGCUUCAAUCCGCGGACUGGUACAUCUUCGACUGUGCCACACAAACAUCGCUCUUCGCCCAUCAUGGUAUACGGGAACGACUUCAGCGGCGGAGAUGACUAUGGUCGCUAUGGCGGGGCAGGUUCCCAGAUCCCCAAGACGGAGCUGGAUCACAUCGCCCAGCCGCCCGCCUACGCCAGCACGCCGGGAGCCGCGGGCCUAGAAUCCCAGGGCGCGACGCCAAGGUCGAGAUGGGACCCUCGUUCAUGGGGUCUGAAGACCAAACUUGCUGUGGCUGCUGCAGUGGUCGUUGCCAUCAUCGUGAUUGUGGUAGGAUCCGUGGAGGGUACAAAAGCGAAUCGGUACCCGAAUUAUUCCAAGUUAAAUUAUACCCUGAAAGAGACGUAUUCGGGAACAAGUUUCUUUGAUCAAUUCAACUACUAUUCGGGAUAUGACCCAGCGGCAGGUUUCGUCCACUAUGUGGACCAGGCCGGAUCGGAGUAUCUGAAUCUGACUUAUGCGUCGGAGGACUCUGCUGUGAUCAAAGUAGACACAUCGAAUGUCGAUGCGUCUACCGGUCGAAGAUCAGUCCGGAUCACGUCGAAGAACACCUACAAUAGCGGUCUGUUCAUCUUUGACAUCCUGCACUCUCCCUACGGCUGUGGCACCUGGCCAGCGCUCUGGCUUUCCGAUCCAGACAACUGGCCCACGAACGGGGAGAUUGAUGUCCUCGAAGCGAAUAACGCUGCAACGACGGGGAACCAGAUGACAUUGCACACAACCAAUGGUUGUAAGAUGAAUGUCAAGCGGAAGGAGACAGGAAAGGUGCUUGCCACGAACUGCUGGAACGAAACCAACAGCAACGAGGGUUGCGGCGUUCAGGGAAAGCCCGCUACCUAUGGCGAAGCGCUGAACAACAACGGUGGAGGGAUCUACGCAACGGAGUUGAGAGAUGCUGGUAUCCGUGUCUGGUUCUUCCCGCGUUCUUCCAUCCCUAACGAUAUCUCCGAUGCGAAUUCCACUCCGGACCCCUCUACGUGGGGAACUGCAUUGGCUGACUUCCCCAGCACCGACUGCGAUAUCAGUUCGCACUUCCGCAAUCAGAGUAUUAUUGCUAAUAUAGAUCUCUGCGGUCAACUGGCUGGCUUGGAGAAAUUUUACACUGUGCAGUCUGGUUGCCCAGGAACCUGCACGGAUUAUGUGGCGAACAAUCCAACAGCCUUUACAAACGCGUACUGGGAGUUCAAGAGCUUCAAGGUCUACCAGGCUUCCUAAAAGUUCUCGAGAAGUUUCGUUUGGGGGUUUCUCGCCAUUCUUUUUUGAGUUCACGAAAAUGUACGAUAAUAAGUAUAAUGACGGCGUUUAAUGGGUCUAAUGGUUUGGUUUCCGGUUGAUGCCGUCACAACAUGUGGAUAGCUAGCUAUAAACGACAAUACAUUAACUAAUGUCUGAUUAUUCGUGUCUUAUUCUCUGUUCCUCCACCUGUAGCAAUCAGAAUAUUCACUCUUUACUGCGGGAA